AUGAACGCCCAGCCAAAACCCGUCGGAUUGCUCGAGCUUGUCUACAAACUCAACCAGCAUGAAAUGCGAAUCAGGGAGCUAGAGACAAAGAACAGUUCACUCGCAGUAAAUACAGAUCAGCAGAAUGAGGUCAACCACCUUGAGCAUCAUCAAGACUUGUCCUCUGGUCAAAAGUAUCAAUAUGAUUCUCCUGAAUCAAGCAUUGAUGGGAUUCAUCUGGGUCCUCCUAUCGCUACACUCCGAUCACUGAGAGUACUUGCGGAGGAAGGAACUCAAAGUUUCACUCGCCCAGCACAAAAGCACAAAAGCAUAUAUGACCCUAUAUAUCAGGGGCUUAUCUCGGUUCAGGAUGUCCAGCGAGCAAUUGAAAUGUACCGUCCUACCGCCCUUGUCAGAAUUGCGUUUUCGCUAACACGAACCAGAUUUUUCCAGCAUUGCCAUGCCUCGGCGCCUGUGCUUGAUGAAAAUAUUUGUUUCCUAUGGCGGGAGUACCUUGAACAAAGCCCAGCAUUAAUUCUAGCAAUAUGCUCAGUCGGUACUAGGUUUUGGGAUAUAGGGGACCGAAGUGGAAAGAGUAUCGGGAGCCACCUCCAGUUCCACAAUCUUACAAAAUUACUCGACAAAGCGGUUUCCAGACUCCUACUACGUCCCACUCCAUCGGAUGUUACAUUAGAGUCUAUCUGUGUACUUCUCCUCUAUGCCCAGUGGAUGCCAUGCAGUCGAGAAGACGAAGAAGACAAUAAAGGUUCCCAGAACCCCAGCGUUGGUCAAACAUCUCAGUCGAAAAGUCGAUACAACGAAAUCAGUGCCUGGGUUGUACUAGGGUUAGCAGAACGAUAUUCCGUCCUUUUGGGCCUCGAGCAAUCGGCGACAUCAUUAUUCAAAGAUCCAAGCAAAAUUCCAUCGGCAGAUGAUAUCAACAGACUACGAGUCUGGUACAACUUGCUCACUUGCAACUUCAACCUUAUGCUUACAUCCGGCCUACCUGCAUCAAUUGACCCUGGCCCGUCGGUUGAGGUUGCGCGGAAAUGUGUUGGGAGUGAGUUGAUGCAGUCGCCUGCUGAUUCUCGCGUAAGGGGUCUUGUGGAGCUUGUCGGACUUGUUUACCUCGCUAUGUCUAGUUGUGGGGAUAGGUCUGGUCGUCAAUUACAGCCAAAAUGCUUGGAACAGUUGAAUAGCGAUUUGGAUGAUUGGGAAAGUGGUAUCGACUCUCGUUGA